UUUUCAAACGGGUGCUUCUUGUCUUCGCCCGUCGCGCGCGUUCUUUCUCGCUUUCUUGGCUGUCAUGGCGGCGCUUCACACAGGCGAGGCGAAGCUCGACCGUUACAGAUGGAGCGACCGCGCGGGCGCCGCCCACAGCCCUUGGCCUCCGGACGACUUGGUGGUGGCGCGGAACCUCCAGGCGGAGUUGGAGGAGGGCGGCGAUGAGAACGGGGGUCUGCUGAGUGCCGCUGGGAGCCUGGAGGGCGCCUCUGCGCCCCGGGGCGGGGUGGCCCGCUUGCACUGUGGACGAGGCGAGUCUGCGCGCCGUUGGCCCGGCCGGGCGUGCUCCGUUCUCUGCUGCCUUCUGGCCGUGUCUUUCGUAGCUUUCCUCCUGGCUAUCGCCUGCCUGGUGCUGAGAGAUUUGCAAUUUGAAAAAGGGAAGACUGAUGAAAAUAUAGAGACAAACAUUUUAGGAUUUUGGAGCCUCCUUAUACUUGCUUUAGUCUCAGGUUUUUCGUGUUGCAGUUUUUCUUGGACAGUGACUUACUUUGACUCCUUUGAACCAGGAAUGUUUCCUCCUACCCCACUAUCACCUGCACGGUUCAAGCGAAUGACUGGGCACUCCUUUCACGUGGGCUAUAGUAUGGCUAUUCUGAAUGGCGUAGUGGCAGCUAUAACAGUUGUAUGGUGUCUCCUUUAGUCUGCAUGAGCUCUGUUGCUCUCAAUAUGUCAGCCAUGUGGAGACCACUUGAAUGCCUCGAUGCAGCAGUAUGUUCUCCGCACAGUUGCCAAAUAUUCCAGGAAGCAGCUGGCAACAGCAUGGAAACAAACCACAUGAUUAGAGAUGUAUUGGCAGACAGCCAUACUAGAUAAAAUGUUUCUAUGUAUGAAAUGGUUGCCAUGGCGAUACAAUUUCAGACUAGGUAGCAACCUUAUUGUGAGUUCUUGCUUUGGUUUCUGCUGCUAGAAGUCUGAAGAUGUGCACUGGAUUAAUACUAAGGAACCUUAUUAGAAUUCCCUGUCAUGUCAUCUCAAAUGAUAUGUCAGAUACUGGCUCAGUCUGUUCCGUUUGUUGUUAAAGUCUUUGGACUGUACUUUUUUCUCAUGUAACAAUAGCAUGAAAGGGGAGACCUACUUUUUCCAAAAUCAGAGACUGAAUGAGUUCUUAUUUCUGUAAUGUUACAAUUUAUUGUUACUGUUUCAGUGCUGUUGGAUUAAACGUCAGGUAUGAAGUCGGGUCAAAGACACAUACUGUUAAAUAAUUUGUAUUUUAUAACUACUUGAAAUGAUGUCUUUUGUAUGUUGGCAAAUAUGAGAAAUGAAAUUCUAAUUCUUACUACACCAACAUUUCUUGGGGAUUACUUGCACACUUUGAGUUUUGCAGUAUAUGUAGAACAAGAAGGUUGAAAGUCCAGAUUAUCGAUGAUAAUCAAAUCAACAUUUUCAUUUAAUUGUCAUUGUAACAGUGGUUUAUCUGCUUCUAGCCUUCCUGUAGGGAGGAUUUAAUUGUUUGAAUUCAGGUGUUACAACAAACAAAAGCUUAAUUGAGGUUAUUAAACUCGCUAGAAGCCUUUGUUUUCAGACUUGGUUUGGUACCAAAAAAUUGACCUCAUUUUUUAAGAUAGUUUGCAUUCAGGCACCACAGGUCAGGAUUUUGUCAAACUGGUUUCUAAUGUCUGAAUGCAGCAUGUUAUCACCAAAAGCUGAGCCCAAUAGUAAGAGCACCUGUAAUGAAUUAGCUUCCAUGUUUUUUAUUGCUCAAGUUUUAAUCCAGCUGAAGGUGAGCACUUUUAAACCUCAUUUAUUUCAAUGGAAGACUUGAGAAUGUGCUAAAAUCUUUCCAUUUGGAAUCAGUGGGGCUUGCUACUAAAACCUGCUCUAGUUUAACUUGGGUAACCAGUAGAAAUAUAGCAUAACUUUUAUAUGGUUACUGGUUAUUAAAAUGUUUUGAUUUCCAGUGACAAACACUCCGUUAUAAACAAAGAACUUUGGUUUUUGUACCCUUUUAAAAAUGGGAAUACAUUUAAAAGAUUUCAAUUAAGAAUAUAUAAAAUUAAGUAAAAAACCACUUUCUGGACAAGGAAGUGCUUGCUUCACCUCCUGCAUAAUCACGAAUCACCAUUGUAUUUUGUUUCAUUCAUGUUUUCAUUGUGAUUGGAUCAUUUAAUACUCUCCGUGACACUGUGCUUUCCUCAAUAGACAACGAAAAUUCAGGGCUAUUCCUUAACAGCACAACUAUAACACGUAUACAGUAUUAAAUAAAAACUGUUAGAGCUCUGUAAUUAUACAAAAUUCCAGCGUCAUACUGAUCUGAACGGCAUCAGGGAUUGAUAAUAAAUGACUAUUUUGAAGAUACAUGACUUAACUCCAAAGAAAUGUGUGCAAGCCUGGGGGAAUUUCUGCUCCCACUUCUCGCAGCCCCACCUCUCAUCCGCAAGCUGCUGCUGAGGGUCAGAGAACCCUUCAGAGUGUUACCCUGUGCUGCAGCUGCUUCAGCUGGGGCCAAGAUUGGCAGCAGCGCCAAACAAGUGCCUUCUCAGACACACAUUGUUUUUGUGCCAGGUUUAUGGGCAUAUAAAAACAUGCUCGCAUUUUUUAAAAAGCGUAUAUUCCGUUUAGGUGUAAAUAGGUGUGUGUGUUUCUAAGUUCAUUUUGUCAUGUUUCAUAACUUUUGCUUAUGGAAAUUGUCUUGCAAAUAAAAUACUUUUGUUUAUAAUCAACUGAUACGUUUUAGCAUGUAUAUUAUUAAAUCUGCAUAUAACUGUAAAAUUAGUUGUAUACAUAUCUUCUUUUGGCCUCCUUUGAGUUGGUGGUACUACUUGCUGACUUUUAACUUUUGCUUUUCAGCUUCUUUAUGUGCACACAGUUCCAAAUGGUAGCCAUUAAUCUCAUCCUCAGGAUACAGUGAAGCAUUAGCACUCCAUUAGCAUUUCAUACCCUGGGAAACCCUUACAGGAUGAUACAACCCAACCCACCUUUCUGAGUAGACAUAAAUCACCUGCAAACAUCUCCUCCACAGUUUGACACUGAGAGAUCUCUGUCUUUCGGUGCUACACCUCUGAAGAUGCCAGUCACAGCUGCUGGCGAAACAUCAGGAACUACAAUGCCAAGACCAUGGCAAUACAGCCCGGAAAACCCACAACAACUAUUAAUCUUUCAUGUUUGGCAAGUACAAAGUAGGGUUGUCAGCUUUCUUUUCCAGGAUAAAAAAAAAUCUCAGGUUUGAUGGCUCUUGCUGCAAAUGCCUAUUUCUUUACAUGUUGUGCCUUGAUUCUGUUUCAAUUGUUUCAUUUGUUUGACUUCUUGUCAAUUAUAUCAGCUGCUGCCUAUGUUCCACCCAAAGUGAAAGUGAAGCCAAAUAAAUAGCCAAGCAGUGACUGCUGCCAUCUUGGAAACUUAUUCUAUUAUUAAAACUCUUUUAGAUCCUUAUAA